CUUUAUCCCAAAAUUUGCCGCCACAUAUGAAGCGUGAGGCACUCACAGUCUUCGCGCUUGGCCAUAAGCUGUUGACAUUUAAGCCACGUAAAACAUCUAUUUGUUAUCUCAUGGCAUGUGUCGUCGUACACGCUGGUGCCGGAUAUCACUCUAAAUCGAAAGAAAAGAAAUAUAAUAAACUGUGUUCUGAGGCCUGUUCAUUGGCUGGAAGGCUUUUGUCAGUUGAUCACAAAAGUGCCAUCGACGCUGUGGAAGCAGCUGUAGCGUAUUUAGAAGACUGUCCAUUAACCAAUGCAGGAAUCGGCAGUAAUCUGAGUAUUAAUGGCUAUGUGGAAUGUGAUGCGGGAAUAAUGAGUGGUUCUACCCUUCAGUUUGCCGGGAUUGGAGCUGUUCGUAAUAUGAAGAAUCCUGUAAAGGUUGCAAGGCUUCUGUUACAGUCACAAAUUGACCACCCUGUGGGUGAGUUAGGACGCGUUCCUCCAUCUGUACUUGUUGGUGAUGGUGCUCAUGUGUGGGCUGCGUCGAAAGGAUAUUCUGUUGAUAAUAGUGAUCUCGUCACAAAACAUUCACGGGUUUCAUGGGAAAAAUACAAAAGUUGGUUAUUUAAUGGGAACGAAAUGAAUGCAACUACAAGGGAUCCUCAUUUUAAUCAUCAUGAAAAUGUUCCUGAGUUGAAAAGGUCUCGUGUUCAUAGAUUUGAUACUGUAGGUGCUGUUUGUAUUGAUAUAGAAGGGAAGAUUGCUGCAGCAUCUUCUAGUGGUGGUAUUGCAAUGAAGUAUGAAGGUCGUCUAGGUCAAGCGUGUACAUAUGGCUGUGGUUGUUGGGCAGAAGAACUCAGUUCAUCUUCUAGUAUUGGGGUUGUCACUUCAGGUACUGGUGAACAACUUAUAAGAACUCAACUUGCUCAGCGUUCUGCAGAACGUUUUAAUAGUGACUCUAUUUCCGUUUCCGAAAUAGUCCACUCAUCUCUCACUGAUGGAUUUUUAAAUUCUAAGUAUCUUUCCUGUGAUAUGGAGAAAUUUGCUGGAGUUGCUGGAGUUUACGCUAAUUUUGAACGAAUUGACUUCCCUAAUGUGGAGGUGUUUUUUGGACACUCAACACGAUCGAUGAGUGUUGGCCACUAUCUACCGAGUAUUAUGAAAAAGCCAUCUGUCCAUGUAUCACGCAAGCAAAUUGAUAAACCUACCUAUAUAGAAGUCUACGCAUAUACCAUAUAGUUAAUCUGGAAAUGAAGGGUGAAUAUUUUUGUAUCUGAUCUUGACCAUUUGACAUGAAUUUGUUAGAAGUACUCAGUAUCGCCAAAGUGCAUAACUCUACUGAGCAAGGAGAUCGCAGUCAUCUCAUGUAAGAGUAUUUUUUUCUUACUUUUACUCCAUAGUUUUUUCAGUUGCAUUUUAUUUAUAUAAACCACAAUUUAUUUUAUGAAAAAUGUCUGAUUUCGGAUUGUCAAAUUCGUUGCUACUUACUGACUUCUUAUGUAUAUUUAUUGUAAUGUACGGUAUAAUCACACUCAACACAAAUUACUUUAGUGUCACUUUUGGUUAACAUGUACGUAGACAAUAAUUAUCAGCUACUCGGCUGUUACCAGUCUUUAUCGAUUGGUUAUAAGAAGCAUUUGUGGCUUUAUGGUUCAUUGUCUAAUACACCAUGGUUAAUUUUAACAAUGAUAAUCUAAUAUUUCGUUAGUUGAUUACUUCUUUGCUAUAUAAAUCAAAACUUAUGAUCUGGACUGUUAGUCGUUUUAAAACAGGAACUAUGGAGAGAUUUCAAUAAUUGUAAAGUCUCAGUAGUACAGCUUGCCAAAAGUCUUCCGACAGUCAUCUCGAUUUUGUUGCAAAAUUAAAAGCAAAUAAGAAAAAUAAAUGUUUCGUUCCGUACCUUACAGAAUUUUUCUAUUUAUCGAUGUAAUUGUCUUACCUGUUUCCCUAGUUUGGAAGAAGAGAUAGAUUUAUGCCUUCAAUUCUAUGCUUACAAAAUCAUUUUAUGGGUGUAUUCAACGCAAUAUUAAAUACAUUUUCUCCGCUAAACGAAUAUGAUCAUUGUAUUUCCGCGUCAUCAUUUAGAACAUGAUUUUUGUUUUUUGUAUUCAUUUUCCAUAUGUUAGAUAAAUUUAAGCGAUAUACUGUAUGCGAUUUCCCCGUUUACUUUUUUUAGCGUGCUAUGAAUGCUGGCGAUAAACGUGAAAACUACUCAAACUUGUGGUAAAGUUGAUCUGGAACCAUGAUUUUUAACUUUUAUAUGACACUCGUUUGUAAAAUAUUUAACAAACGCUUCAGCAUUAUUGAAUAAAUUAUUUCCCAAACUGAUGGUAUUCCUCUGUCUGCUUUUUGGGUAAUAACUAUUGAUGGAUUGUCUGUAGUAUAUAAAUUAGAGAAGUAUGUAUGACGAGUAAUGCUGUUCUUGACAAAUGUGAAGUUCUAUAUCCCUUCUACUUGGAAAUUUAAUGAAUGACUUGAAGCAAUUUUUCUUGAUUUAUACGCAUCACUCUAAGUUCGACGUAAAUUAACAACUUGUUAUUACUGUUAUGUGUUU